CUCACGAAACAUACAUACUCUUGUUCCCUCUAAAAAAAACACACACACACACACACACAUGCUCUUGUUUAUACCGUUUCUAUAUAAUUCGAUACAAUAUAUAGCACAUAUUCAAGACAAACAUGACCAGCUUUUAUUAAUUUUGUCGGUUAUUGUUGUGAAGUGUUGUUGCAGUAGUAAAUCAAAGGAGGAAGAAGAAGAAGUACCGGCGGGACAAGUCGUGAAGAAGACAUUUAAGAAACUAUGCGUUUUGGUCGUGGAUGAUGAUCGAUCGUGCCGUUCACUGUACAUGGGAUUCAUCCAAAUGCGUGGAGGAUUUCCUUACAUGGCGGAAAAUGGUGAGGAGGCAGUGAACCUAUACCGCGAUGGCCAAACCUUCAACCUUAUCCUCAUGGAUAAUGAAAUGCCUGUGAUGAAUGGAGUUUCGGCAACCAAGGAGCUAAGAGACCUAGGGGUGACGUCAAUGAUCGUGGGAUUGACGUCACAUGAGGACGAGAAUAGUGGAUUUAUGGAAGCUGGAGCUGACCAUUGCUUGGCCAAGCCCAUAACAUUUGAGAAUAUCUACUUGCUCAUCGAGCAGCUAAAAGACGAAUGAUAAUGACGCGCGACUAUAUAUUUAUCCAUUUUUUGUUCUCACUAGAAUAACCCAAAUACUAUAUAAUAUAACAGGAUUCAAGAACAUAUUUUAAAUAUAUAUAUUUAUAUAUAGUUUCAUGAAAAUGUAACAAUGAACAGAUAAAAAGCAUUUGUCUAA